AUGGCAGAGAGUACUGGCACUGUCGCAUAUUGCGGACAACAACUCAUUGGUGUCUCAAUUGCUAUUGCUGCCAUUCAAAUCAUUAUCGUCGGGGCCCGUUUUUACACUAGGCAUAUACAGCGAGUAGCAAACGGAAUCGAUGACUAUUUAAUGAUCCCAGCGUUGAUUGCUAGUUUAGCACAAUCGGCACUCUAUAUCUAUUUGGUCAAGCGGGGAGGAGUCGGUUAUCACCUCGAAUAUGUCGCGCGAACUCCUUCAAAAUUGGUUAUCUUACAAAAAGGUCUCUACGCAAACCAAAUCCUCGAUUUUCCUUUCACUAUAGCGCCCGCUAAGGUUUCGAUCCUCCUCUUCUACGUGCGCCUAUUUCCUGUCCGCAUGUUUCGAAUAUUUGCCUAUAUUGUGGGUGCAAUUGUGCUAGGUCAUGGACUUGGAGUUUUGCUCGCGGCGAUUUUUCAAUGUUCGCCAAUCGCAUACACAUGGGAUAGAACAAUUGCUGGAGGCUCAUGCUUCAACCAAGAGGCUUUCUACCGUUAUGUUUCGCUUCCUAAUAUCAUGACCGAUGUUUUGAUCUUGGUGAUGCCGCUGCCGUAUGUCUGGAAACUUCACACCCGAAUUGGCCAGAAAGUAGCCUUAACCGGCGUCUUCCUUCUGGGAAGUUUGGGAACCGUCGCGAGUAUUCUUCGCAUGACUAUCUUUUUCCAAGAAAGUGCUCUUACAGACCCGACCUGGACUUCUGUCAAGCUUGGGAUUUGGACAAUUCUCGAAAGUGGCGUUAUCAUAAUUGCUGCCUGCCUUCCUUCCAUUUGGCCUUUGCUUUCCAGAAUCCUAGGCCGGAAACUCGUCGGUAGUUCGGCCUCAAAAGAACCUCGUUCAAGGUAUAGCAGUACUCCACGCCAUACCAAAGAGCCUGGAUUCUCGCAACUUGGAGAUAGCACAAAAGGGGCCAAGUCGCCCUCCAGCUUGGAGUUGUCCCAGACAGCAGACUCGGACCGAUAUACUGAUGAGAUAUGCCUGGUGCAGGUUUCCCGAUGCCGCGAAACCUGA